UCUUGAUGUCUCCUAAAUUUCCGAUCUUGCGUCUUCCUCGGUUAUUCUGUAAAACCAUUAAAGCCAAAUACAUGGAGUCUGAAGGCUAAAGGUGCUCACGGCCGCUGUGCCAAAGGGGGGCUUUUGGAUGUCUGCUUGAAAUCCGUAACGUGGUGUGAUGUAAAAGUUCAGCUUGUAUCGAGUAUGUGCGCUGCGGGAAUGAUGAGGCACUGUCGGACCGCAUUUGUGAGACGAGAGGUUAUCUUCGUAUCUUGCUAGCCCCGAGUCCUGCGUCUCGCCUGCUCUCCUCUCCUCUCCUGCUUUCGCCGUAGCCCCCCUCCCUCCCGCGAGUCUCCGAAAACAUCGCCGCGGCAGAGUGCGCUUUUGCAGAGGGACUACUCCUCACAGCUGCGUCAUUUGAACAGAAUCGCGCGCCUCGCUCCUCCUCUUUGAAUUACUCACUGAGCCUCCAGCUAAAAUCCGAGAGACACUCUCUGGGAGUCGGGCCAGUCUGGCGGUCCGUGGCACCUCCGGACUCUCUGACAGAGCCGCGAGUGCGCUGCUGCCCAUUUGGACUCGACAACGGACGGGAAAUCGGCGGAGUAAAGAUCGAAGAAAGAGACUCAGACCUGUGGAGUGCAGAGCCACGAGCUGGCGGGACCUCACGCUGGAAAUCUAGAGGGUUCGGACCCCGUAUCGUGACCUGUGGAGCGUGGACUUGUCACUUCGGACUUGGGAUCCAUCAGCACCGAGUUCUCUUUGUGGCUCAUUCGAAGGCUUGCUGGCAUGGAGCGCUGGGAUCUGGUGAUUUGAGCUCGGGGCUAUAAAGCACACCCCCCACCUCCCCUACACAACCCGCCCCCCACCCCAGAUCCUGGAACGGCAGCACACUAACGGGCGCUUUUCUGCACUGAGGCGAGACCACCGUGCAGCUGCGCCGGGAUGUUCUCAUUGGCGAGGCGAGCCGUAGCGUCUCCGCCGUCGCUGCUGCUGCUGCAAGGCGCUCCAAGAAUGAGGGGGGACAGGUGAGCGCUGCGCCUCGGAUAUCGUGACACCUGCAGCCGCGCCUUGGGAUUUCUACUUGAUUCUUCUCACUUUUAAGAAGGAUGCUGUUGCGAGGCCUCACUUAGUGGAUGAGUUUCUAGUGUGCGGGAGUUCGGGGGCUGGUGAGGAUGCAGGCGGGCCCGAGAGCGCUGUGUGCGGCCACCGGAGCGUCCCUUUGCUGCCUUUGCCUGCUCUGGCUAAUCUACGCUCAUUGGUUACGAGAAGGUCAGCUGGCGGUGGGGACAUGUGAAAUCAUCACUCUGAACAGAGACAGCAGUCAGCCAAGAAGGAUGAUUGCCAGGCAGACAGCCCGCUGUGCCUGCCGAAGAGGGCAGAUAGCGGGGACCACUCGGUCAAGACCUGCCUGUGUGGAUGCUCGAAUCGUUAAAAGCCGGCAGUGGUGUGAGAUGACGCCCUGCUCAGAAGGAGAGAUCUGCAGUCUGCUGUUCAACAGGUCUGGCUGGACGUGCAGCAAAGGAGGAGGAAGGAUGAAGACGGUCACGCCUCUACCCAAGGAGCCAUCUUAAGCUGCUGAGGGGAGGUUUCCUGACCACACGAAGACAGAUGGAGGCACUCAUCACACACAGCAUCACAUCUUCACACACCUGAAUCCUGAAUCUUGACCGCAUGGGAAGGACUUCAUCUGGCUGGAGCUCAGGCCCCAUCACAGUCCCACUGCUCAACGCUUUGGACAGAGGCAGCAGUGGAAUGGACCUGCCCAGCUCUGCCCAGUGGAGGAAUCACUGAGGAAGCUCAGUUUAUGCAGACUGUGGAGCAAUGAAUGGUCAGCAAGUCCGAGUUGCUCACAAGAGUGCCCCCUCCUGGUUUGUUGUGGACUGAGUUGGCUGCACGCACCACACUGGCACAAAGAAAGACAUUCAGUUGGGCUGUAGAACUGAACAUUUUUUCUGAAGCAGAUGCAGCUCUUACUCCUCAAU